AGGACCUCAACAUUCUGUAGUUUGUUUCUUUCACAGCAAAGAAACAUUUCUUUGAACUCCCCACUCUUCCUGUAAUCCUCGUAUACAGAAACGUUUUUGCCAGUCGUAGUUUUGCGUUACUAGUUUCGUUUUGAUUUUGUAACUUCAGAAAUCCCAGGAAGCUCAGAACUUCGCUUAUCCUGAACGGUGAAGGGCGUAUUGCUCCUCUUACGUUCAUUCUGCCUUCUUCUCUCGUGAUUCAUUUUCAUUGUUUGAGUCACCGUUUAGCUACACAUUGUAGAACUUGAACUUCUAUCGACCGCAAGAACAUCCGCAAUCUUGAAACAAGAAAGAUGAUGGAGCACGACAACUUUCACCUGCGCAGCAGUGGCACGUGCCACCAGCGAGCUUUAUCCAUCAUGCCGAGAUCAUUUACUCUGUCCCCCCUUGUGCUCGUCGCGUCAACCCUCCUCCUCCUCCCCCCCACCGAAGCCACUACCAAUACCGGCAACACCCAGUGCCCCUGCAUUUCCCCCGACUUGUCCGCCUGGCAGGACACAACGCAGACCAGCAAAAUCCGUGCCACCGUCGGCGCGAAAACCUAUCUCUACGACCAGACGUACGGGAAAGCGUCUUGCAGCACGUGGGACAGCGACAAACCCCCCGCCUGCGCCUUAUCCGACGGGCAGGCACUGGCGAACCGGCCCGACUGGUGUACGAAGCAGUGGUGCUACGUGGACAACAGCAACUGUGGUGCGGCGUUCGCCCCCGCGGAGUCUUCGUAUUUCAAAACCGCCACCGGCGCCUCCGCAAACCUGCACUACAGCUACCAGACCUGUGGGCAGUCGAACUCAUUUGUUACCUGGGACCAGCAGAACAGCAACGCCGGGAAGAUUUUGGUCACGGUGGAGAACACGUUGAAAACGUUGAAGCGGGAGAUCGAGGCGAAUUACGUGACUUUAACCAGCAUGACUGCGAACCAAACGGCGAGUUGUCAGGACCACUUGGAUUUAUGCAUUGCAAAGCUAUCGUACUAGUAUAAAUUGCAUGACAAAUUUUUCCAGAAGGAAAAAUGGAAUUUGUCAUGCAGACUCAAGUAAAAGACUAGAUCUGUAAUGCAAGGCUGCCAUUUAUACGAGUGCGAUACUUUUGCAGAGGAUAGGACUUGAACCACUGCAACACGUGCGCCAACACACCGGUAAAUACCGGGUGGGUAGGGAGCAGCAGCAAAGUGGAAUUCAGUACGACGGCGGCGUUCAUGUCCGAUUUGACGGACCCGCUCUACAAAUGUCUACAUGACCAGGUAUACUUACAGAUCAUUCGUAUGUUUGUGACGCUGAUUCCGGUUCAUCAGAAGGACUUCCCAUGCGCUAAACAUGCAUGACAAGGUCACGCACACACAUUCUCACCCAACUGCAUCAUUCACCACAGAUCCGCCUGCAAUUUCUGAAAGUGGCUAAUUCCGAAUACGAUAUGGUAAACAAAAACCGCAUUGCCUACCUCUACGCGGGUUUCCAGGAGCAGGGGAAUUACAUUCAGUGGCCGGCCAUGCAGUGGACCCGAAACGGCUACGACCCGCGGUACCGCCCCUGGUACGCCAUGAUUGCCUCCGGCCCGAAAAACAUCAUCAUCGUGAUCGACACCUCGGGAUCCAUGCAGCAGGCGAAUCGGCUGGUACUAGCCAAGGAGGCCGCGAUCAAGGUGCUGGGGACUUUGACCAUAUGGGACUACUUCCUCGUCAUUUCUUUCUCCUCCGACGUGAAGGGAAUGUACGACCACGUGGUACCAGCGACGGAUACAAACAAACAAGCUGCGACGAACUGGAUCAACGCAUUGGCAACGGGGGGAACGACGAAUUUUCGAUCCACUUUGAACAUCGCCUUUAACCGGGCGAAAAGGGCAACGAUCUUCGACGGCACGAGCGAUCCGGAUCGCUGCUUCAGUGCGCAGUGCAAAACCACGGUAUAGUCGAUGAGAAGUAGGUUUUUGGUAUUACUGAUGUGAUGAAGAACAAUCUGCAGCUACAGCUACCACUAACUUGCUAUAACAAGACGUAGACAGAAGCGCCGUAUUCAUCAGAGCCUGUACUGCAAAACUCCCAAAAAGAACAAACAUACGUAUCACUCAACAAACCAGAUCCUGUUCCUCUCCGACGGUAUCCCGGAUGCCUGGGAUCCGAGCUCGGACGGCCAGAACCUUCGCGACCUGAAUCCAGGAACGCAGUUCAAGCUGUUCACCUACGCGCUCUAGGCAUUGCAAAAGUAUCGUACUACUGUAAAUCGCAUGACAAAUUUUCUGAAGAGCAAAAAUGGAGUUUGUCAUGCUGUAAAAGGUAUAAGAAGGAUAUCUGCAAUGCAUGAUUGCGAUUUUUACUCCGAGCCCGAUACUUUUGCACAGCAUACGCUGGGCGUCGGUGCGGACACUUCGGUUCUCUCCCAGCUCGCGUCGGACCACGGGGGAGAAAUGCGGCAAGUUUCCGAUAUUACAAUGAAAAAUGCCCCCACCCCACAUUUGGCAGCAUUUGUAUUGCAAACCUUUCCAAUAGAAACAUUUCGCGACUUGCAUAUCUCAGCAUCAGAAGUUUUCCAUGCUGAGUAGCUCGAACUUGUGUUGCGAAGGGGCCCAACAGCAGCCGGAUCUGUUAUGCACAAGGCACCUUGCGCACCUAGAUUCUGCAUCAGAAAGGCUCGCAGUCCUCUCCUGCAAGACAAAAAGCCUUCACUUGGAAACUUUGCACGACAAACUUUUGGAAAUUCGGGGGUGGGGGCAUUCUUCAUUGUAAUAUCCGACGGGGGGAAUUUAGCGAACACCAUGGCGGACUACUACAAGAAGCUCGGAGACGACCGGGACAUCAACGCGGUCCGGUGGAUGCGCUACACCGAUAUCGUUUCCCAAACUACAUUACUCGCCGGCUGCAUCUCCAUCGACGACCUGCGCACCACAGCGGCCGCGAAGCAGAUGGUCGCCGUGGCGUGCAUGGACGCCAACGUGAUUGCCAGUUUGAACCAAUUAUGGACUGCAAAUAUGUCUGGGUCUGGGAGAUUGCGAGAGUUGUCAUGCUAGUUUGGCAUGACUCUGGGAUCUGUAUUGCGUUGCAGCCAAGAGCUCCUCUUGCCUGUCAUGCAAAGGCGUAAUUUCUCAUGCGGAAUACGCAACACAGAACCAUGAAAAAACUUGUCAUGCUUCCCGGCACAUGACAGUGAGGUUAUUAUUCAGUGAACUGCAUCACACCUUUCCAGACCCAGACAUAUUUGCAUUUGAUACAAAUUAGAAACCCUGGACGGCUACGCGCAGUUCCAACAAGACUACGAAACCAACUCCCGCAUGUUACGCAUUGCAAAACAAAGUAAUCGUACUUGUAUCUAUAAAAUGGCAUUACAGAUUUGCUCAGCAUGACGACUGGAACUUGUCAUGCGGUUUUACCUUAAGGGCAAGAUUUGUCAUGCAUAAUUGCAAUUAGUACGAGUGCGAUACUUUUGCAAUUCAUACAUGUGCGCGAACGGCAACAACCCCUUCCAGGAGAUGACGCUGCUCGGCUGCUCCGUGCAGUGGGAGUCCCUGGUGGUGGCCUAUCAAAUGCGAAAAUGUCUGGGUCUGGAAGAUUGCCAGAUUUGUCAUGCAGGUUUUCCAUAACCCAUGAGGUCUGGUAUGUAGGACAUAGCAUGACAGAUUCUGUGAGAGUUCUAUCAUGCCUAUCCUGCAUGGGAAACUGCCUCUCGAUUAGGUCAAAAGUGGACAGCUUUUGGUAAUCAUGCAACACAGAUUUUUGCAUGCUUCAGAUUUAGCAUGACAAGUUGCAUUCUUCCAGACCCAGACAUUUUUACAUUUGAUAUGGCCAGUCCGGGAACAAACAGCCUGAAAGACGGCUCGGAGGAAGGUACGAAGGAGGAUGAUGGUGAAGCGUUUAUCCUCGUGAUACUAGCGGUCUUGGCGGGAAUCGCGCUGAUCUUUCUGUGCGUGUGCCUCGCAAAGCAGUUCUGCUCGUUCGGGUACGCGGGGUCAAACAGUGGGGGCGCGCGGAUGGCGCCAAAUUUGAUGAACAAGAAUUCCAUGAUGGGGAUGCAGCAGCAGCCAACUGUGAUUUAUGCAACGGAAAAGCACCUUCGUUAGGCGUAAAUCGCAAUAACCAAGAAUACAGGCUUUUUCAGGUGAUUGAAAACUGAAACUUGUAGUCAUGGCGCACUUCUGGUGCUUACAAGUUCGUACGAAAAUGACAGAUCUGUCAUGCCGGAUUGGAUAGCGAUUUGUGGUAAAAACUAACGUAGGAUGCUUUAUUUCCCCAGGAUAAGCCGCACCCGAACAACAUGACCAACACGACGAACAUGUACAACCCAACCGGUCCGUCCGGCUUCGCGCACAACACAAACUCGGUCAGCCCAAGGAGGGGGAGUAGCCGAAGUCCGCGACCACAGGGGACAGUGCCUAUGCAGGGACAGUUCAACCCGAUGCAGUACAAUAACGCGCCGAUGCAGCAAAACGCGCCGAUGCACGGGAUGUCAAAUGAACCAAUGAUCGUGGUGAUGCAGAAUAGAUAGUGGAGGGGGUAGUUGUUGUGGCGGCUAAAAAUCAGAAUCCAGAUUGUUUGGCGGCUUGAAAUAGUUUUCAUAUGUUUUUGAAAUGUACAGUUAAGAAAUUCAGAUUUAUUCAAGGGGCGUUUGGCAGCUCUGUGACAUGCCAAUACUAGUAAAGCAAGUCGUACCUCUGUUGAAGAAGAUUUUAUUGUAUGAUGUGUACCAUAUUAUUCGCGUUGCUACAGCUGUACCAACAUUGUGUCAAGUUUCUUUUUUGAUCCAGGAGGUGGGAUACGGAUCUAAAAUUUUUUCACCACGAAAACUACAUUUACUGCGCUGUAUAUGAAUGAUAGGAGCUGAUCGUCGUGUUGACCCCGUGUGGGCUGUUGAUGUGUUAUUUGGUGGAACGGAGAAUGGACCCACGAUAUAGGUAGGUGAACAACUUACCCGUGACAAAAAUGCACAUUUGUGAACCUCAGCAAAGAGCUCCUCGAGUCUUCUUGCACUGAAGAUGAUAAACGCUGACGCACACUGGCACAGGUCGAUAAACCGAGCCGAGGAGGCUGUGUGUCUCAAUAGCAG